AUGGCGUUGAGUGGGGGGCAGAGUGUGCCUCUGCCUGUUAGCGUAAAGCUCUCCGACUUUGACGUGAAUGAAGCGAGUGCUGAUGUCCCCAUUCGCGAGUUGAUAGGAUCUCUGAUGUGGUUGGCCACUCAAACACGGCCGGACAUUGCGAAUGCAGUUCAAGCAGUAGCGCGGUAUUGCGCGUCUCCCAAGAUGGUGCACUGGAAGGCGCCACUAGGUAUUUUAGGAUACGUAUGCAGGACGAAUUGGAUGGGGAUUACAUUUGAGAGGGGCGUCGUGACAGGUAUGAGCAUGCAGGUGUUUGUGGAUCCCGACUAUGCAAGCAAGGCGGCAGACCGGAGGUCGGUGUCUGGGGGGCUAGUGAUGCGUGAGGGGGGGGGUGUGACUUGGUUUUCACGAACGAAGAAGUGCGUUACGCUUUCCACCACGGAAGCAGAGUAUGUGGCAAUUGCCGACGUCAUGAAGGAAGUGUUGUUCUUGAGGCAGGUGUGGCGUUUUAUGUUGCCAGAUGCGAGUAUGCCGUGCAUCCCGGUGUUCGAGGAUAAUCAGGGAGCGAUUCAGAUUGCGCACACCCGAUCACGAACUCCAACUCGAAGCUCAUCGAUGUACAGCAUCACUUUAUCAGGGAGCUGGUAGAGAGGAAAGAGAUUUCAAUUACUCAUGUGCCGACUCAAUUUCAGCAUGCAGAUUUCUUGACGAAGGCUAUUAGCAAGGAGUCUUUUGCGUUGCACCGUGACUUUGUGAUGAACUUGCAGUGAAGGAAGUGCUUUGGGGUCGAUUCGUAUUCUGUAGCGGAGAGAGGAAGAGAGAGACGAGAUUGGACAAGAGAAAUCGAGAGUCUGAUGAAGGUGUUGUGUUGGAAUUUUCUUGUUUAAUUUUCUUGUUUGUUUUGGAGGAGUUUUGGUUGUGUUGGGAUUUUUCUUGUGAUUGACUUGGGAGGGUUCUUGCAUGUUUUGGGGAGGAUAUUGGAUUUGGAUGAUGUGAGAAUUUUCUUGUUUGUUUUGGGAGAGAUGGUAGUGAGGAAUUUGGUUUCUGCCGAAGCAUGACGAUGCAUUCGAG